ACCAUACACCACGCAAACUGAGGACGGCUUGAAGGUGAAGGAAAAUGUGCCGAAAGGGAAUGAGAAGCGGCCGGCAAAGCCCCAGCAUUGGAGUAUCCAUCAACAAAACAUAAGCACCGCCAAUCAUUCCGAUAAGCGAAACUACCGUUCUUUACUUGAGCCAUUUUUUGCAAGAGGGCUUGGCCUGAUUUCUUGAUUUUCGGCAUGGCCAUAGGAUUCGUAAACAGCCCAGUGGCCCGGACCUGCUUGGGCCGGCCCGGACGGCCCGGACAGUACACCUAAUGUUUCCUCUCCCUUUAUUUUCUUUCCCUUUCCCCCCUCCAAUUUUCCAAACAGUCCUGAACUCGAAGUUAUUACUACCCCAUAUACCUGGAAAUUGGAGGGAAGUAAGAGAGUAGAGAGAGGAAGAGAGAUGGCAAAUCUCUCAAGCCUAGUUCACGAGCUUCGCGAACGCAUCGCAGCUUCUUCAUCUACACCUCCGAACCAUCACGGAGACGACGACGCAUUGGAGAUCAGAUUUCGCGCUGUUCUCCCCAAUCUCCUUCACGCUUAUGUCGUCCCUUCUUCCAAAGCCAAGGAGAGGGAGGUAAUCGCUGUAUUGAAGCUCUUGACUCACACUGCCAAGAACUUCCCUGGCGUUUUCUACAAUGGCAAGCCCAGUGCGGUCUUACCUGUUAUCGGUCGCAUUUUGCCCUUCUUUGCAGAACCUGCAUUUCGUUCUCGACAUGGAGUGAUAUUUGAAACAGUUGGAUCCCUUUUAUCCUUGCUCCGUACAGGAGAUCGAGAUGCGUAUCGUCAGUUUUUUAUGGAUUCUAUGUUGGCGGUUGAAGAUCUUUUGUAUGUAGGUUCAGUCUGUGACAAGACAAAGAUAACAGAAUCAAGCAAAGUGUAUUUGAAGUGUUUCUGUAAGUCCUUCACAGGAAUAUGCGAUGAACCUGCUCAGGGUGCUCUUCUCAGUGAUCUCCCUGCUUGCAGCAAACCUGCUAAUGGCUAUGGUGUUUUGAUUAACCUCACAGGAAAACAAAGGUGGCAGCCUUUUGCUACUUGGGUCAUUAAGCUUAUUUGUAAAUGUAUAACUGAAGGAACUCUGUAUGUUGAAGGACUCAUCAAUGCAUCAUUUGUUUCGGCUGCAUGCACUCUGUUAUGCCAUGGAGAUGCUGAUUUGCAUAUGGCAUGUUUUGACUUUGCACGUGUCAUCGGAGCGGUAAUGAAUUCUGAAAUUGUUCCCAGUGAGAAACUAAUUCUUUCUAUAUCCACUAUAUUAAGUGAAGAAGAGGAGGGUCUUCCAGUUUUCAGAAAUACGGUUUAUGAUUCUUCUAUGGGUAGUUGCCUUCAAGCACUACACUCUAGUUGUCCUGAUGAUAUUGUCAAGUUGACUGCUGCAGAUUUAGUCAAUGUUUUUCCUGAAUCAGUGCGGAGAACUAAAAGUCCGGACCUUCAGGCUGCUUUGUGCAAUGCAUACAUUCGAAUUGCUAAAUGUUGCCCCCCUCAUAUCUGGAGGCCAGAAUCUCUUAUUUAUUUGCUUUGUUCCUCGGAGGCCUGUUUCGAAUUGAUAGAUUGCUUUCGAGCUGCUCUAUCUAUACUAGGUCCUGAAAUUGCUGGAGAGGGUACCACUAAUGAUUGUUGUAUGGGUUUAUCAACCUCAAGUGAUAAUAGAUAUGAGAGCUUAAGGGUUGGAGAAAAAAGACCGGCUGAGGACUUGGGCACUUCUAAGAAAAAACGCCAGAAAGUAGAUGAAGACAUUUUUGCUUUUAGUUCUAAUUUUCAGGAUGCAAACAAGCCCAUUUGUAAAUGUACUUUUGAAAGAAAAAAUGAAUAUGUUGAUUGUAUGCGUAAAUCACUUUUUUCAUUUGUUGAAUUUCUGAAACCUCUCGGUGGCAAAGCUAAUUCACUAAAACCGGAAGUUUCCUUGACAGCUAUUAGCAUGCUGAGCAUUAUUUUCUGUAUAUAUCCACAAACAAAACUUUCAGUCGUAAUCUUUCGGCAUAUUCGUGAAUGGAUCCAUUGGAUAUGUGAGCAGGCAAAUCAAAGCAGUUCCAUAUCACUUGAUUUAUCCAUCUUUCUGGAAGCAGUUCACAGCAUAUUGCUUAUGGAAAGCCCCCUUCCUAUGGAGAAUAAGUGUUUCAGAAAUGAGGAUGGUGCAGAUCUUAUGCAAAUAGUGCUAAAGCUUCCAUGGACGCAUUGUAUUGUUUCUUCUGAAUCCCAUCCUCCAUGGAAGAUGAAGUGUCUCUCUAUUCAAGUUCUGGCCAAGAUUGGACCUACAUCACAAAGUGGAAAUGGUCUUGAAAUAUUGGAUUUGGGUCUUCAUGAUGAAGCAGAAGAAGUUAGAAUUGAAGCCGUUGCUUCUAUGCCAGUGAUGGUCUUGUGGUCUGGUUGUGGUAUACUGCCUCAUGUAUUCAAAAGACUUCUAUUCCUUGGGAAAGAGAAGAACGAGCAAGUUAAGAAAGUUAUUCCUCUAUCUCUUGGUUAUUUGGCAUGCCUUAGCGCAUCUUGUAGUGGUGUUGCUGAUCAUUCAGAAACUGAAUGCAAACUAUUCUUGAAGAAGGGGAAUGAGAAAGACAAUUGGUCAGUAGAUAAUCUAUUGCGAGGGUUCUGGUGCUCGAAGUGUGACAGAAGAGUUGUGCACAAUCAUGAGUUACAUUCUGCAGUUUUGCAUCCACCUGAGAAUUGUGCGAUAGAAUUUGGCUUGGACUGUGAUUUUAUCCAUCUACAGUCUCUCUUUUUUGAGCUUCUUUCAGAUGAGUCGUCUGAAGAGGUUCAAGUUGCUUGUGCUGGCAUAAUUCGUAGGAUCCUUAUGCAUGUGACUGCAGAUAAUCUGCUUCAAACAAGAUCUCGAUGGAUUAAAUGUGUUGAAGCAUUACUUCUUCACAGAAAGAAGGCUGUGAGAGAAGCAUUUAGCACACAGAUCAGUUUUUUCCUUGAGGAGCCUAUUUUAAACUGUUUAUUUUUGGAUAGGGAGGUAUCAAAUAAAACCAAAGAACAAAGGUUCUUGGACAAAAUAAAACAUUCUCUGGCAGCAGCUGAUGAUCCUGAAAUUUUCGAGACACUUUUGGAGUCCACAGCAGAAAUAAUGAUUGCAUUUGAUAUCUACAGUCAAUCUUUUUUAUUAUCUCUUAUUUUGUUGGUUGAUCAACUUGAUAAUCCACAUGUGAUUGUGAGAAUGACUGCGUCAAGGUUAAUACAUAGAUCCUGCUACUUCCAUCUUAAAGGAGGAUUUGGACUAAUCCUUUCAAGAGUUGUUCAAAUUCGGAAUGAACUGUAUGAUUAUCUAUCUUUGAGGCUUCUAACCCGUCCUAACAUGGUCAGAGAGUUUGCAGAGUCUCUUCUUGGUGUUGAAACGGAAGAACUUGUCAAGAAAAUGAUUCCUGUUGUUCUUCCAAAGCUCGUGGUCACUCAGCAGGAUAAUGAUCAAGCAGUUGCCACCUUGUAUGAGUUGGCAAAGCGUUUGAACACAGAUAUGGUGCAACUGAUUGUUACUUGCCUGCCUAAAGUGCUUGCUUUUGCUCUCUAUCAAACUGAUGGCCGAGAGUUACUCUCUGCUUUGCAGUUUUACCAUGCACAGACUGGGUCUGACAACCAAGAAAUUUUUGCUGCUGCAUUGCCUGCACUUUUGGAUGAACUUGUGUGUUUUAUUGAUGAAGGUGACUCUGAUGAGGCGAACAAAAGGUUAGCGAGGGUACCUCGGAUGAUAAAAGAAGUUGCAAGAAUUCUUACUGGCACUGAAGAUCUCCCGGUCUUCUUGAGGAAUCAUUUUGUUGGUCUUCUUAACAGUAUUGAUAGAAAAAUGCUGCAUGUGGAGGAUCUGUCACUUCAGAAACAAGCCAUGAAACGUAUAGAGAUGCUGAUCAAUAUGAUGGGCUCUUACCUUAGCACUUAUGUACCAAAACUUAUGGUUCUUCUUAUGCAUGCUAUUGAUAAGGAAUCACUCCAGGGUGAGGGUCUCUCUGUGUUGCGUUUUUUCAUUAAGCAAUUAGUUAAAGUGUCACCAUCUAGCACUAAACAUGUAAUAUCUCAAGUUUUUGCUGCUCUUAUUCCUUUGUUGGAGAGAGACAAAGAAAAUUCUUCCUCAAAUUUAAAUAAAAUUGUGGAGAUCUUGGAAGAACUUGUGUUUGAGAACAGGGAUAUCCUAAAGCAGCAUAUCCAUGAGUUUCCUCCUUUGCCCAGCAUUCCUUCCCUUUCAGAAGUGAACAGUGUGAUCCAGGAAGCACGUGGAUCAAUGACUUUGAAGGACCAAAUGCGAGAUACUGUUGAUGGGUUAAAUCAUGAGAAUCUGAAUGUUAGAUAUAUGGUAGCUUGCGAGCUCAGGAAACUGCUGAACGUUAGAAGGGAUGAUAUCACAUCUGUGGUCACGGGGGAAGUUGGUUCAGAUAUGGAAGUCUUGAGCUCUUUGGCUACAUCCUUGCUUAGAGGUUGUGCAGAAGAAUCAAGGACUUUAGUUGGACAGCGACUGAAGUUGGUUUGUGCUGAUUGUCUUGGAGCACUUGGUGCAGUUGACCCUGCUAAAGUAAAGGGUUUCUCAAGCCAGCGCUUUAAAAUUGCUUGUUCAGAUGAUGAUCUAAUCUUUGAGUUGAUCCACAAACACCUGGCCAGGGCUUUUAGAGCUGCACCUGACACCAUUAUCCAAGACUCAGCUGCAUUGGCCAUACAGGAGCUGCUAAAAAUUGCUGGUUGUGGGGGAUCAUUGGAUGAAAAUGUUACAGCUUCUAUGUCAGAGACAUGGAAGAACAAACAACCUCCAAAUGUCUCUUCUGGGAUCAAGUGCAUAGACAAUUGCAAUGGAAUGAAUGGGAGGGGUCAGAGAUUGUGGGAUCGUUUCUCUAAUUAUGUCAAAGAGAUAAUUGCCCCUUGCUUAACCUCAAGAUUUCAGCUUCCAAAUGUGGCAGAUUCUGCAUCUGCUGGUCCUAUUUAUCGGCCUUCUAUGUCAUUUAGGAGGUGGAUAUUUUUCUGGAUAAAGAAAUUGACUGUCCAUGCAACGGGUUCUCGUGUGGGCAUUUUUAAUGCUUGUCGAGGUAUAGUGCGUCAUGAUAUGCAAACAGCAAUAUAUCUGCUGCCAUAUUUGGUUCUCAAUGCCGUCUGUCAUGGUACUGAGGAGGCACGCCAUGGCAUCACAGAGGAGAUCCUAUCCGUUCUUGAUGCUGCAGCAUCUGAGGGUUCUGCAGCAGUAAAUAGCGUUGUAAGUUCUGGUCAGGGUGAAGUUUGUAUUCAAGCUGUGUUCACUCUGCUUGAUAAUCUUGGUCAAUGGGUGGAUGAUGUUGAACAAGAAAUUGCUCUUUCCCAGUCUCUUCAACUCUCAAACUCGAAGCAACCAGUUUCCAAGUUAAAAGAUCAGAAUACAAAUUCUUCAAUGGAUUCAGAACAACUCCUUUUGCAAUGCAAAUAUGUUUCGGAGCUUUUGACUGCAAUUCCUAAGGUGACUCUUGCUAGGGCCUCCUUCAGGUGUCAAGCUUAUGCUAGGUCCUUGUUGUACUUUGAAUCUCGGGUGCUGGAAAAGUCAGGAUCUUUCAACCCAGCAGCUGAGAGGAGUGGCAUAUUUGAAGAUGAAGAUGUCUCGUUUCUAAUGGAAAUAUACAGCGGUUUGGAUGAGCCUGAUGGCUUAUCUGGUUUGGCAUGUCUGCGUAAAUCUAAAAGCUUGCAAGAUCAGAUUUUGAUAAACAAGAAAGCAGGAAACUGGGCGGAAGUUUUGACUUCUUGUGAGCAGGCUUUACAGAUGGAACCCACGUCAAUUCAGGGGCAUUCAGAUGUUCUUAACUGUCUGCUUAACAUGUGCCAUUUACAGGCCAUGGUUACUCAUGUAGAUGGACUAAUUUCUAGGAUUCCUCAGUACAAGAAAACGUGGUGUAUGCAAGGUGUUCAGGCUGCGUGGAGGCUUGGCAGGUGGGACUUGAUGGAUGAGUAUCUUAAUGGGGCUGAUGAAGAAGGUUUACUUUGUAGCAGCUCUGAGAGUAAUGCUUCCUUUGACAUGGAUGUUGCAAAGAUACUGCAGGCUAUGAUGAAGAAAGACCAAUUCUCUGUUGCUGAAAAAAUUGCAUUGUCCAAACAAAGUCUGAUUGCUCCUUUGGCUGCUGCUGGCAUGGAUUCCUACACACGGGCUUACCCAUUUGUUGUAAAGCUUCACAUGCUACGGGAGCUAGAAGACUUCCAUGCUCUCCUUGCCGGUGAGUCUUUCUUGAAGAAAUCAUUCUGUCUGCAUGAAUCGGAAUUCUCAAAAAUGGUGGAAAACUGGGAAAAUAGGCUCAGAUUUACACAACCAUCGCUCUGGGCGAGGGAGCCACUUUUGGCUUUUCGAAGACUUGUUUUUGGUGCUAGUGGUCUCAGGGCUCAAGUUGCCAACUGCUGGCUACAAUAUGCAAAACUCUGUCGUUCGGCUGGUCAUUACGAAACUGCAAACCGCGCAAUACUAGAAGCCAAGGGUUCAGGUGGUUCUAAUGUUCACAUGGAAAAGGCUAAGCUUUUGUGGAGCACUAGGCGUUCUGAUGGUGCCAUUGCAGAGCUGCAACAAACUCUCCUUAACAUGCCUGUGGAGGUCAUAGGCUCUGCUGCAAUAUCAUCAAUCACCAGCCUUUCAUUGGUUCCACUGAACCCGCAACCUUUACUCGCUGAUACCCAGACUCUAAAUGAGAAUCGAGAUAUUGCAAAAGCCCUCCUCCUAUACUCGAGGUGGAUCCAUUACACUGGCCAGAAGCAGAAGGAAGAUGUAAUAACUCUUUAUUCUAGGGUGAGGGAACUGCAGCCCAAGUGGGAGAAAGGAUACUUUUAUAUGGCUAAGUAUUGUGAUGAAGUAUUUGCUGAUGCCAGGAAACGGCAGGAAGAGAAUCCUGAGCUAGGUAGCCUAGGUUGCAGGAUGAUCCCAUCGACUUCUGCUACUGUUGUUUCUACAAGUUUAAGUAGUGAAAAGCAUUGGUGGUCCUACCUUCCUGAUGUAUUGUUAUUUUAUGCAAAAGGUCUUCAUAGGGGCCAUAAGAAUCUCUUCCAAGCCCUUCCAAGGUUGUUAACCCUGUGGUUUGAAUUUGGCAGCUUUUAUCAAAGAAGUGGUUUGUCAUCCAAUAAAGAUAUGAAGAAUGUUCAAGGAAAGGUACUGAGCAUCAUGCGAGGAUGUUUAAAGGAUCUGCCCACCUAUCAGUGGUUAACUGUCUUGCCUCAAUUGGUUUCUAGAAUUUGCCAUCAAAAUGUUGAAAUUGUUCGGUUGGUCAAAUGCAUCAUUACCUCUGUUCUCCGGCAAUACCCCCAGCAAGCCCUUUGGAUUAUGGCAGCAGUUUCAAAAUCCACAGUUCCUUCAAGGAGGGAGGCUGCUGCAGAAAUCAUAUCAGCUGCACGAAGAGAGUCCAACCAGGGAAUCAGUGGCAACAAUCAGUUUGUUCAAUUUGCUACGGUGAUUGAUCAUCUAAUUAAGUUGUGCUUCCAUGGGGGCCACUCAAAGGCAAGGACAAUCAAUCUCUCAACUGAAUUUAGUGCAUUGAAGAGGAUGAUGCCGCUGGAUAUCAUAAUGCCCAUCCAACAAUCCCUCACUGUUAAUCUACCUACCUAUGAUGUGAAUCUGACUGACUUGCUUCCAUCUGAUAUCUUUUUAACCACAGAUCUUCCUACAAUAAUAGGAAUCACAGAUGAGGCUGAGAUUCUUUCAUCUCUUCAGCGACCAAAGAAGGUCGUUCUUUUGGGCAGUGAUGGCAUCGAACGCCCAUUCCUCUGCAAACCCAAGGAUGACCUCAGGAAAGAUGCGCGCAUGAUGGAAUUCAAUGCAAUGAUAAACCGUUUGUUAUCCAAAUGUCCAGAAAGUCGCAGGAGGAAACUUUAUAUUCGCACAUUUGCAGUGAUUCCUCUAACAGAGGACUGUGGUAUGGUAGAAUGGGUGCCCCACACUCGAGGUCUUCGACAUAUACUUCAAGACAUUUAUAUAAGUUGUGGGAAAUUUGACAGGCAGAAGACAAAUCCUCUAAUCAAGCGAAUUUACGAUCAAUGCCAAGGUAAAAUUCCAGAAGAUGAGUUGCUGAAGAACAAAAUCCUUCCAAUGUUCCCUCCUGCUUUCCACAAAUGGUUCUUAAACACGUUUUCAGAACCAGCUGCUUGGUUUAGGGCUCGAGUCGCCUAUGCACACACUACUGCAGUUUGGUCAAUGGUAGGACACAUUGUGGGCCUUGGAGAUCGGCAUGGUGAGAAUAUCCUUUUUGAUUCUACCACAGGUGACUGUGUUCAUGUUGAUUUUAGUUGCUUAUUCGACAAAGGUUUGCAGUUGGAGAAACCUGAACUAGUGCCUUUCAGGCUAACCCAGAACAUGAUUGAUGGCUUGGGUAUUACUGGAUAUGAGGGCAUCUUCUUAAAGGUCUGUGAGAUUACGCUUUCAAUUCUCAGGGCUCACAGGGAGACUUUAAUGAGUGUUCUUGAAACUUUCAUCCAUGACCCCCUUGUGGAAUGGACUAAAUCUCACAAGUCCAGUGGAGUAGAAGUUCAGAACCCCCACGCACAGCGAGCCAUAAGUAAUAUUGAAGCACGGCUGGAGGGAGUUGUUGUUGGUGUUGGGGCAGCACCAUCUUUGCCUCUUGCUGUAGAAGGGCAGGCACGUCGCUUGAUUGCCGAAGCAGUUUCACACAAAAACCUUGGGAAGAUGUAUAUAUGGUGGAUGCCUUGGUUUUAGGAGUAACAAUCUGGUUUUGCAUUUGCUGAGUCUGGUGACCUGACAUUUCUUUUGAUUGAUUGAGUAAUUAUAGUAUUUGCUGAGUCAGAGUAACAGUAGCCAAUAUCUAUAAGUGGAGCCUUGUAGGUCGUAUCGAACCACCAAUAUCCAAGCUGGAGGUUCUUGCAGUUAAGAACUCGACAGCUUUUUGUUCAUGAACAGCUGCAUUGCCUUCUUCUAAGAGAGGAUGGAAGUGCAGGUCGUUGCCAAAAGCUUUGCAGUAAGAAACAACUUGAACAAUUCAAUUAUUUGGUCAAUGGUAUUCAUAGAAUGUGGUGUGCUUUCCUCUGCUGAUUGAUAUAAAAGCAGAUGUAGAAAAUUUUACCAGAUGGUAAAUUUUGUGUUGGCAUUGUCAUGGGGGUUAUUUGGCUUUUCUGGCAGGCAUUAUAAUGUGAUUGGGAACUUUAAGAUGCUCCUUGUGGUGUUUAUGCAUGGAAACACCUGCUAAGUACUGUCAACAUUACUGACUACACGGGUGAUCUUUGUGAGGAUGGAGCUCAAGGAAGAAUAUUGACUUUGAACUUGUGUUUGUGAUUUCAUGCACAUCUAGUCAAAUAAAGUUUUUGCUAAUGGGUGUUUUGGGGCCUAUGUAUUUGUUGUUCAAGUCAGAUGAUGGUGGAAGAGUUCAGGACCUUUGAUACUGCCUGCUACAUGCAUGAGAAGAUCAUAUAGAGAAACCCAAGCCCAUUGAUACUACCAUACUUUCAUUGGCAGCACAUGGCCCAUGGGAGAUGCAGUUUAAAUCGUUUUUUGACAAAUACUUUGUCUGCAAAGGGCAUUCUGAUAUUAUUCCAUCUUCCCCACUGCAGGCGCCUUUUUGACAUACUACCUGCCACUAAGAGGAAACCCUCUUAUUUAUUGCGGCUAAUUUCUCCCAAUUGCCAAUCUCUGAUUCCGUGGCGAUGCAACUAGAGCAUGCUAUCUUCUUGUUCAAGUAGCAAUCCAGGAUGCAGGGAGGAUAUCAGUUGUCUAAAUUGCUUGCACAGGAAAAGUUAGUAACAAUAACACUUGGAAUGUUGUUAUUGUUCUCUCUUCCUCUCUUUUUUGUGUGACCGGUUCCUUUUGUAUGGUAAACAAGAGCUCUCAGAAUGUUAAAUUGUACUAUGUCAAAUCAUUUCAACUGAUUAACUUGCAAUGUUCAAAUAGACAAUGACUUGUGGUAUCACCUUAGAGUGACAUAAUGGUGAAAUGCUGUUUUUCCCUUUCCUUACAGU